GAUCAACACUGGGUAAGGUUUCUCCGUACUUGUAUCUCUAAGAAACACACUGUUGACGAGAAGUUUAAAGGAUGGCAGAAGAGCUGCAUUAUUCUCCCGUGGUUUUCAAGAAUCCCAUCGUUUCUUCGCCGAAAGAGAAAAAAGAGGAAGAAACAGUAUAUGAUGAAGUAAAGGCUAAGGGAAGUGCAGUCACUCAACAAAGUCCUGCCACAGCAGUGGAUGAGAGGCCUGCUCUCCACUCUCAACCCUUUCGAGGAGUGGCAUUGUGUUUGGGGGUUGUUUGUGUCCUCUUGCUUUCAGCCAUUAUAGGCCUCUGUGUCUACUUCAUGACUGCCUUCUCAGAGCACUACACAAAGUUGGUGAGGGAACAUUUAGCGGCUGAGAAAAAAGAGGUGUUAAGAGAGAGGGAUAGACUGAACUGGAAUCUUCGGGUCAUAUAUCAGCUUGAUGAUUUUCCUGUCAAUAAAUAUUGUUCACAAAAAGAUGACACAGGAGAGAGAGUGUGUAACUCUUGUCAAGAUGGCUGGAUGUUGUUCAAAUCUAGUUGUUACCUGAUUUUGCACCCUGCCGCUCCAUGGAAGACCUGGACACAAAGCCAACAAUAUUGCAACCAAGAUAAUGCUGAUUUGGCUGUCAUUGGCAGCCAAGAGGAACAGGAAUUCAUUAGUAACCACACUCAACACUACUAUGAUGACCAUCAUGGGUACUGGAUCGGCCUGACUAAAGUCGACCAAUGGCUCUGGGUUAAUGGAAGUAAUCAGAAUCAGACUGAUGUGUUUUGGAACAAUCAAACUGGAGGUAACUGCGUGUUAACUGUCCCAAAUAAUCCACCAUUGGCUAAUUGGAAUGCUGCAUGGUGUAACAUGGAGAACCGUUGGAUCUGUGAGAGUAGAGCAUUAAUAUGGUCAGAGUAAAUUGAGUUUUAUUCUUCUAAUUUAAGGACCCAUGACAUCUGUCUGUUGGGGCCAAUUCGAAUUCAGGAAGUGAUUUAAAUAUCAAAUUCACAAUGGAAAACCUUAAUUGGCUGACCCCAACAUGGGUCUGUUUUAGACGUUUUUGAUAUGUUAACAAUCAAGGAUCUGUUGUAAUGUAGCUAUAGUGUAUUUCAAAAAUAAUGUUUAGUUUUGAGCUUUCAUAUAAAUCAGGCACAUUUUCUUUAAUAUUAAUAAUUUCACUUUGACAAUGAAUUAAUGUUUUUCUAAUGUCUUAUUGUAUUAU